AUGAGCGCCAUGGCUAGUUCUGCGGAUACCACUGGAUUCAAGAUGUUCAGUGGAGGCCUGGAAGAUGCUAAGGAGUAUCGCCGUUGGAAGGUUUGGGUCACCAACAAGCUGCUCACUCUGUCAGAUAAGGUGCUCCAGGCCAUCUUUUCGAUGCAAGCUGCUGAAGGGGAAAACCUCAAGACAUGGAUUUCCCGAGCCACUGAGCUCUUCGACCGCUGCCAACGCAAAGUCAAUGUCAACUUCCCGGAGGAGGCAAGAGGCUGGCUGAUUUUACAUCGUUCUGGCCUUUUAAGCGAGCAGAAGGCUGUGAUUCUAGCCCGGUCGUUGGGAAGCCUCAAACGGGAGGACAUCGGUCGAUCUAUGAGAUCAGUAUAUCCAGGGUAUGUUGUCAGCAAACGUCGUGCAGCUGGUGUUUCAUUGAUUGAGGAUGCCACCAGUGUUGCUGACGACAAUAUUGAUCCUGAGGAUGAAGAGUUGCUCGAGUUCGAACAGUUCAUCGCCGAACACCAAGUCACAGGCGAUGAGCCAGAAGAAGCGUUUGACGAACCUGAUGUGGCAGAGGCCCUUGCAGUGAGCUGGCGUGAACGUCGUAAGGAGAUGGGACAGUUGCAGCGUGCUCGCAAGUUCAAGCAGGCCCAAGAUGUCCGCCGUUCGUUCAAGGUGGAAAUUGAAGAGCUGAAGCGCCGCACUAAGUGCAACAAGUGCGGAGCUGUUGGACACUGGGCUCGUGAAUGCAAAGCCGCUGGAAAAGGUUCAGGGAAGAGCAAAAGCCUUCCUGUCAAGGGCAAGGAAAAUGCUGCUGCCAUGGUCGUGGAAGAGACCUUUGUUGCCUUGGUGGAUUGUCAAACCACCCCUUGGUUGUCCCUUCACCUCCUUCGUGAGCGACAAGCACGUACCUUCUCAACGGAAUCUGAACAGCUGCUCGUCAGUUCCCCAGGAUUUGGCGUCCUGGACUCAGGCUGCGGUCGCUCAAUCAUUGGAGCUGAUACAUUGGCAGAGUUCAUGGAAUUGUGGAAGACACAUCGGACUACACCUCCCAUGCCUUUUGAUGAAGUGAAUCACUUUAAAUAUGGCAGUGGCCAACAGGAGACUUCAAAGCAGGCCAUCAAAGUCCCAGUCAUCUUGGGUGGUUGCAAGGGAACAAUCAAAGCAGCCAUUGUACAAGGGCAGGCUCCGUUGUUGAUUUCUCGCAGUGCCUUAAAAACACUGAAGGCGGUGAUCAACUUCGAGACCAACGAGCUGACAGUCUUUGACAGUCGUACAGUGGUUCCCCUUUCGAUGAACCAAGCUGGACAGUACACCGUGGAUCUGAUGGGAUCCCCUGCUGAGACCAGUGAUUCCUUCUCAGAAAUCAUGCUUUCAGCUCCUGCUGAGUUGUCCGAGCAGCCCAGUUCAACACCUGCAGCCAUUUCGCCUUCCGAAGCAUGUGAGCCCACUCCAGUAGAAGAUCAGGUCCCGGGCCCAGAGCAUCCGAAGUUGAAGAGACAUCGACAAUUGAGACCUUGCCAGUGCAUCAUCUACGACAAUUGGAGGAAUCGGGUGACGAGUGAGCUGGCGCAAGCGCCUCCUAAGUUGCUAGUUCUGUGUCCGCCCUGCGCGGACGAGGGACAGGUGAGUACCUUUGCUGGACAGUAUACUCCGCAGUUUGUUCACGCAACACUCAAUACCAUUCCUGCCUUUCGACAGUCGACAGCCGCCAGUUUGGUCCAGUGUGCACCUUGUACAGAGAGUCAAUGCCAAGAGGUCUUGAUGUCGCGGAAUGACCUUCAAGCCGACAAGUCAGAGGCUGAUAUUUGUAAAGUGUUGGAUAGUUUGCAUCGUAACCUAGGACAUCCUCCUGCGCAUGAUUUGGUCCGGAUUUUGAAACACGCCAAUGCCAGUGAAAAGGCCAUCACUCUGGCUCGUCAGUUUGAGUGCGACAUAUGCAAGAAUCAGAUCCGUCCACACGUUGCACUUCCAGCCAAGACCGGUCGAGUCCCAGGGUUCAAUGAAGUGGUUGGACUUGAUGUGAAGAAUCUCCCCGGUUGGCAUGCAAAUCAAAAAGUCAAGGCCUUAAACAUUGUUUGUCAUGGCAGUUGUUAUCAGAUGAUGAUACCCUUUUUCCAAACGGAAGCGACCGCCUUGAUUCGACAGUUGUUCACCGAGCAUUGGAUCCGUCCUUUCGGUCCACCCAAAGCUCUUGUGAUUGAUCAAGCUCGUACAAACAUGGGAGAAGCCCUUCAAAAUCAUCUCGACCUUCAAGGGACAGAAGUGCGACAGAUUGCAGGCGAAGCACACUGGCAACUCGGCCGGACUGAGGUCCAAGGUGGUUGGUUCUCACGAAUUUUGACCAAGAUCCUAGCUGAACAUCUCCCCUUUGAGCCUGGAGCCUUAGUAGCUUACUGGCGGCACCAAAAGUUUCAGGCCGGUCAAGGAGUUCUGUUGGGAGGUCGGUGGUAUGGGACUGCGGUAGUGAUCGGGUUGGUAGGUCGCAAUUAUAUCAUUGCUCAUCGCAAGCACAUCUUUCGUUGUGCGCCUGAACAACUGCGACCAGCUACUGGUGAAGAAAGAGCACUAGUUCAGACCCCUCAAACCGAGCUUCUGGGAAUUCGUGACAUGAUCGAAGGAGGAACUUUUCGUAGUCAGAACUUCGUGGAUCUGGUGCCAGGUCACUACCCACCAGAACAAUCUUCAGAACAACAGGAUAUGUCCUCUGAAGCUGUACCUGAUGUUCCGGCUCCUGUUGAAAGCACUCCUGAACUGCCACAUGCGAGUGAGCAUCAAACCAUGGACACCGACAAUGCUCCUGAGACACCCGAGUCUGAACAGUCAGAACCCAAACGAACAUCUUCCUCACUAGAUCGGGAGUCAGGAGCUUCGUACGGUCCUGUGCGCACUCGUUCGCGAAUCCACAUGAAAAGUGGUCCUGCAGCCCUGCAUGUACCGGCCCACACCGAUGCUCAAGAUGACUUCAUUGAUCUGAUGAAAGAAGUAGUUCCCCGCUUGAUUGCUGAGCAUGUGUCAACUGCACCGGUCAGUGAGAAUCACCCCAACUGGAACCCUGACCAGGAUACUCAUGAAGCUAGUGGGUAG